CUGGUGUUACUUUUAGACAUCGCCCCCGGUGCACUAGCAGCAGCUCGAUCGAGAUGUGUCGAAUUCGGUUGUUACGUAUGGAACCUAAACCCAAUCGAAGAGAGUUACUUUAAAGUACCUCGCUUUCCAGACCAGACGGGGAGGAUGUGUUUUAUCAACUUAACCAUUUCUUCGCUCGACAUAUCACUGCUCGACCAGAUGGCACUGCUCGAAAGCUCCCUGAUCAUCAAAAAUUCCUCUUUGCGCAGUGUACAGGUUUCCCAAACGUCCCAGUCGAUCCCUUUAAAGCUGCUGGUUCUAGAGCAAACGAAUCUUACCGAAAUAACGUUCGAAGCAAACGACACGCAACUAGAAACGCUUAGGAUUAGCAACAGCUUGCUGCAAUAUAUCCCCAGCACGGUGGUACAUUUAGACGCUGUGAAGCAGAUCGCGGUAAAGCACGCCCCUAUACAAACGGUCGACCUGAGCCUCUUCGGUGGGCUGCAGCGCUUAGAAAGCAUUGACCUAAGCUGCAACGUAAUUGAACGCCUCCGAUACACCUCGCUGUCGGAUGAAGAUUUUCCGUCCGUAAAAGCGUUCUAUAUAUCCGAAAACCAGCUCACUGUGGUCAACUUAAACUACUUCAGCCGCAUGAAGCAGCUGGAAUCGCUAUCACUAUGCAACAACAGGAUCCACCGUGUAGAUGGUUGGUUGGUUUUGAGCUACUUAAAAUAUCUCGACCUAUCGCAAAACGCCAUCUCAGCGUUCAGUUGCUGCAGUUGGAAUGCUAGCAGUGUGAUCACGCUGGCGUUGGACAACAAUGCGUUCGAACAUUUGCCGUCCUGUUUGGAACAGGCGAUGUCCGGGGUGAAAUAUAUCACCCUGUCGCACAAUGCGCUGGUGGAUGGUGGUAGCGUUUGGAGCAGGUUGGCCACCAUACCGACACUGAAGAUUUUAAACCUUGAUGCGAACAGACUGACGAGUGCGAUUGUCAACAGUACGUUCCCGUCGCUUAUUCAGCUCAGCUUGCAGCGCAACCGCAUACAGCAGUUGCGGAUUCCAUACGCAAGCCACGGUCUUAGCGUAUCCGUCGGGUGCAAUUUGAUUGAACAGUUUGAGGCGGAAGAUGUAUCGCCCAACGUGACCCAUCUGGAUAUGGGAUGCAACCCGCUGGAUGUAAAGUAUGAUUGUAACAGGUACGGAUGGUACCAACCAACAACACCCGUUAAGCGAGAAUGUAUCAAACGUAUAGAUGACACAACGUACAAAUGUGAAGGAUGUUUUAUCUAGAAAAGAGCUGGUUGGGCCGAUUGAUUGCAAAUAAAAGCGGAAACAUGGUUGAAUAUAUUCCAUUUAACAAUGCAGAGCUCCGGGGGUACCGUUAAAGAUCCUUUUCUUUCACAUUCAGCACAGAUCGGUCGUGUUGCGGACUACUGGAUUGCCUUUCAGCUUAACGCACACUGCCUCCAGCUCCAAAGCGUCACGGUUACGGAUAACUUCUAUGCGAUUGUGACUAAAAUUAAGUAAGACCAAUCGUAAUUGCGUGAAAGGAGCCAAAUCUAGCUGCGUCAGGGCAUUGCCGGCAAUCUGGAAGGUCAUCAGAUUUUGCAACUCUCCCAAACAGUCGAACAGAUGCUCGAUCCGAUUGUUGACGACAUUUAGUCCCUUCAGCGACCCGAUUUGCCACCGGCAUAAGUCGAUCGAUUUGAUGCGAUUGUUUGACAGAUCGAGCUCGGUCAGGUGGGGCAAAUGGAGCGAGCCGUACAGUUCUUGAAUCACGUUGGAUGAAAGCUGCAGUACCGUCAA